AUGGGUACAGUGUUUCUACUCGCAGACGAAGCGAAGACGUCGCUUUUGCAUCGGAAAAUAUUAAAACGUGCUGCUAAUGUUACCGGCGAUCAAGCUGUGGAGACGGCUAUCACGAAUAUAUUCUCCGGUCGACCUGCCCGAGGGCUCGUGACGCGUGUGAUGCGAGAGCUGGGGCCGAUGUGUGCUGCAGCGCCGGAGUUCCCGACUGCUGGAGCACCCCUUGGAGCUCUUAAGAAGGCUGCGGAGGCUAAGGGAGAUACAGCGUUCACGUCUCUAUGGUCGGGCCAAUCUCCUGGCUAUGCACAGGAGAAAUCGGCCGAGAUUAUUGUGCAUUCGAUUAUCAAAGAGCUAAAAAAAAUCACGGCGAGUAGCUCUUUGUAG